UGGAAUGCCCGAUGCCGUUUUCGUCGCGGCAGGUUCUUCUCCUCGUUGGCACCUCUCUCCGCUCCGAGUUCAGUCGCCCUCGCGCCCCUCCUUCUUAAUCGCAAGAUCUGGUGACGAUUGAUUUCCCUAGUUUGGAAUCUAAUGCGAUCACAAUGAGCGAGGUAUUCGAUGGUUACGAGCUCCAGUACAUGUGAAUGGCCAUAGCUCUCAGUGUUUAAGUAGAACUGCGAACGAGGAGGAGACAAUGGUGAAGAGAAGUAGGAGGGUAUUUAUAAUGGGUUAAUUAGAAGUCGGGUUGGACUGUCACGAGACUCGGCAUUAACUCAUACGGUUUGUUGAAGAGAACGGGCCGACGAUUUCGGUUGAGCCCAACCGAUAGCUGCGUACAACAUAGUUUGGAAUCUAAUGCGAUCACAAUGAGCGAGGUAUUCGAUGGUUACGAGCGCCAGUACAGUGAGAUCUCCGCAUCUCUCUCACGGAAAUGUACAUCAGCUGCACUUCUCGAUGGAGAUUCGAAAAAUGAAUCUCGAAGCCAGAAGCUUGGAGCUGAGCUAAAGGCCAGAUUGCUGGCAAAGUUCAGGGAAUACAAGCCGGACAUUCACAACUUGAAGAGUGAAUUUAAAAGAAUUACCAUCCCUAAUCCCAGCCAAGCUGCAAGAGAAGAGCUGCUGAAGCCAGGGAUGGCUGAUACAUUGGCGUUACAUGGAGGUGAUGACAACAUUAGUAAGAGCAAACGGAUCCUGAUAGCCAUUUCGAGUAGGAUGGACAGUAACAAGUGGAUAAUCGGUGGGAUUAUCGUAGCUCUGGUUCUGGCAAUUUUUUUGAUCCUGUAUUUUAAGCUCGGCCAUUGAAGUGUAUCGUACGGACCUGCUCAACUUCUGGUCAACGUCUUUGUGAAAUAAUGAAGUUUACCGGAUCUCUCUCAUUCUGCAAUAUAAUCAAUUCCAUUACUCCUACCAUUUCAUUUACCUUGCUGCCUGCUGCAUCCAAUCGGCAAUGUUCAAGUACUUUGUACUAUGCAUCAUUGAGCAAGGAGAGCUGUAUACGGACGAGGGUAAACACUGUUUUUGAUCGAGUAAUUUGUAUUAUUACACUGGCCAUGUAUUAUAAUACACAGUAAUGUCUGUCUUUGUUUUUUUUAUUAUUUUAUUGUGAUACUCAAGCAUAUGCAUGAUCUGAUUCAAGCAAACAGGUUUUGGGUCAA